GCAAGCCUUUCGGUCAAAUAUCGAUCCACCGAUCGGAGAUGGCCAGGGGGAGCUCGCAGUCGCAGACGGCGGCCUCGGCGGGGGGCGGGGCGCGGCCGGCCGGGGCGGUGCCACGUGGAACGCCGGCAGCUGCGGCGGGGAUGAGGCGCCGGCGGCUGGGCGGGGGCGGAGGGGGUGGCGGCUUCGCUGGCGGCGGCCCCGGUGGGGGGGCCAACAUGCUUCGGUUCUACACCGACGACGCGCCAGGGCUCAAGAUGACGCCUACGGUGGUGCUUGUGAUGAGCCUCUGCUUCAUCGGCUUCGUCACCGCGCUCCACGUCUUCGGCAAGCUCUACCGCCACCGGGCCGGCGGGGCUUGAUCCGACACUUCCGCCGCCUCCCGAUCCAUGGGCAUUCGCAGCUGUGAUUCCGUACACUUUGGUUGCUUGCUUUGAUUCUCUUUGCUGAAUCGUCCCUCUUGUUCUGUCUUUUGGGUGCUUUUACUUCUUGCUGUUCUGAUCUUAGCGCAUGGAUGAAGCGUACUUGAGAACAGGUUUCUCUUCUUGCAGGUGUAUGCAAAGUUCUGCAAUGAUCUGUUAACAUAUACCUCUUCGUUUGUUGCUUCA